CCACAAAACUAAUCACACGACUGAAAUGUCAAAAGAAGACAAGACUUUUUGAUUCCGCUCCUCUUGGAAAAAAAGGAAUUUUACUACAAAAUAUUCACACCCACAAUGGACAAUGCAACCAAAGAGAAACUUGAGCAGCUUAUCGAUCGUGCAACAAAUCCAUCAACAGGAGAUUUGGAAGUAGCAGCCAUGGAUGCCUUCUGCUAUGCAGUUCGGAAUGAUCCCACCAUCAGUACACUAGCCACAAAACUUCUAGCCGAGAGAAUUCAGUCUACAAAUAAGAAGGAAGCCCUCAAUGCACUUGAAUUGCUGGAGGAAUCUGUGGCACGAUGUGGGGAUGAUUUCCGGGGGAAAGUCAACACAUUCCGUUUCCUGAAUGAGCUCAUUAAGCUCGUAUCGCGAAAAUACAAUGGUGACACAACGGAUAAGGAAGUAAAGGAUAGAAUUCUCGAUCUUAUGCUGCUGUGGACGAAGCAGUAUCCGGAAGAGAAGAAGGUACAGGAAUCCUACAAUAUGCUACUUAAGCAGGGCAUUGUACACGAACCCAAACAAGAUAUAAAGCUCAAUAGUGCCCCGGCGAAACCUGCGGCAAAGAGUAGUAAACCCCCCGAGGAUCCAACUACAGUGAGAUUCAGGCAACUUCUCUGCAGCAAUAAUCCUGCGGAUCUACAGGCAGCUCAGAUUAUGAUGGUGAACAUGGUGAGAGAGGAGGAGAAGAAGAUACUUAGGGUAAAGGAAUUGGAACGUGGAAAAUCAAAUGUUGAACUUCUAAAUGAGAUGAUUGACCAAUUUGACUGUGACAGCACAUCAAUGGAUGAUUGGUCAUUGAUAAGGGAUCUCUUUGAGAAUUGCAAGGAAGUUCAACCGACGAUAUUGCUCCUGGCACAGGAUCAAAAUCAAACUGAGCAGGUGAUCUGUGAUGCACUUGAAACCAAUGAUCGCCUCAAUCAAGUUAUGGAGAAAUUCAACACGCUCGUCAUGAAGAAAGCCCCCGAGGCUGGUCAGGAGCGCCGGAGCGUGCCAAAGGAAAAUAAUCUCGACUCCUUGAUUGACCUUCCAGCUGCUGCAGGAGGGGCAAGUGCUGCCCCAAAAGAGACUAAACCCCAAGAUGAUAUGAAUGAAUUGAGUGACAUCUUCAGUUCAAUUCAAACAAACUCCUCAGCAAGCAUUCCAUCAGUCUUCGAUGACGUGGACAUUCUAAAACCAUCGCCUGUUACGGAGAAACCUGAAGAUCUCCUUCUCCCGGACAUUGCAUUACCCACGAAUAGACAAACACCGAAGGCAGAGUCCAAACCUCCCGGAAAGCCCUCAAUUGACAUCGACAGCCUCGUGAAUGAGAUGCUAAAGACUUCCCAAAGUUCUCCGGCUAAAAUUCCCGAAAAGCAAACAAAUGCCCUCGAUGGCAUCACCGUUGACAUCGAUAAGUUGGUUCCGGAUGAGAAAAAGGAGCCCAGAGUGGUAUUGGAUCAGCCUAAAGGUCUUCGGGUGUUGCUCAAUUUCACCCAUACGCAUCCCAAACCAAAUGUAGCUGUGAUUGUGGCCACAAUUGCCAAUCAAUCCACAGAAAAUAUCAGUGAUAUCCACUUUGGGGCCACUAUUAAUCCCGAAAUGGCAUCUUCUGGAGCUCAUGUCAAACUCCAAGAACCAUCAGGAACAUCCCUCGCAGGUGUAAAACCCUUCCGUUCAGCCGUUGAGGAUAUCACACAAGUUAUUCUCAUUGAGAAUCCCUCUCGGGACGAUCUCAGUCUUCUCUGCACCGUGAAAUAUGCACCAAACUUUCAUCAGUCAAUUACUGUGGAACACCUUUCAAAUCUCCUGGAUUAGGCGCAUUGCACACAUCCACUUGCACGUACUUUAAUUGUCUCUCAUUUAUUUUUUUUUUCUCCUUACUUAUGGCUUAAAAAAACUCUUAAGGAUCAACAUCUAAUGAAGGUGGAGUUGUACAAAAAAAAAGAAGAAGCGAAAAAUCAUCUAACUUACAAAAUCACAUUGACAAUGAAAAUGAUAAACUGCGCGGCCCAGAGAAGAGGAGGAACUUCACGCCACCACAUCAUCUCUAAAAGCGAGUGCAGUGAUGGCACGCUGAUGUCCAAUGUACUCCCGGUCGACUUCUUGUGUACUGAUAUUCCACAGCCUCGCUAAUCCGUCAGAGGAAGCUGUGAACAGGUACUGUGAAUCAGCACUGAAGGCAGCAUCCCAGACCCAGCGCUUUGAAUCAAUUUUUAGCUCACGAUAUGGAGUAAAAUCGCUGGUGUUCCACAAUUUUGCCGUACCAUCAGCUGAAGUUGUGAGGAGGAGGCUGAAAAUGGAAAGGAGGACGUUAAAAGAAAUUUUAUUAGAUAAAAGCUACAAAAAGAUCCGAGUAAAUAACUCAAAGGGCUUGCAAAAAGCAAGAAGAGUUUCCUUGAUAAAACAUUUAAGAUCUCAUGAAGCUUCUAUUUUGCCACAGUCAAAUUAAAAUCAGAAAACUGCAGCUAAACGAUCUUAACUUUUUUUUUCAAACUGAAUAUUUUGAUCUUGUCUAACAAGUUAAAGAAAUUAGUUUCAAAAUUAAUAUUUCUAAACUAUUCCAGCCUACAAUUUAUUUGUUUGGAUGCUUAAAUGCAGCUUCUAAAAAAGUAUUACCUACACCUAUCUAUAUUUUAAUUAAAAAUGAAAGCCCUAAAAAAUAUAUAAUUGAAAAAAAGCUUCUGUCUCCUUAUAUUAGUUAAAUUCCGCCAUUAUAAUCGCAGCUGUUCUUAAGUUCCCAUAUUAAAUUUUCAUUAGAGCUGUAUAUAAAAAUAUCAAAAUAAAAUAAAAUGAAAAAAAUGA